UGCAGGUGGGAAUGUGAUUGCUGACGUGGCUCUGGAUUUCUGGAGAGAAGGAAAAGAUAGGAAAGAAAUCAGGAUGAACAGCAAGGAGCUGGAGUUCAAGAUCUCUAAAAACAUCAAAAACGAGAAAAGUGGAUUUUUACACUCUAGACUAAUAAAGCAUCAUCUGGUCGAUCACUAUAUUCCUUUCCUUCCUCUGGAGCUGAUGCACGUGCGUCAGUGUGUCUUGGCUGAGAUGCUACGUCUGAACAUGACUCAAGACGUGGACCUGGCAGAUAAAGUGGCCAGAGACAUGCCUUACUACCCCGAAGAAGAGAGAAUAUUUGCUGUUAAAGGCUGCAAGUCUGUCAGACAGAAGCUGUUCCUCUAUAACGAUGACUGAACAACUAUAGCAGUACUUGCGGUUCACUAUUUUACUGUCUGUUUGCGGCU